AUGACACAGGACAAACCGGCUGUAAGGCAAGAACUCGUCGAUCAAUGCAACAGCCUGGGUUUGAAGAAGACGGGGAACAUGGAUGUGUUGAAGUACCGGAUCGCCGACCAUUUUGGCAGAGAGAUCGAGGACCAACUCAACCUUGAAACAUUCCCCAAGAACCCCGAGACAGAUCUCAAGAACCUGGAGACAGCUCCCAAGUCAGAGGCAGAACCGCCUUUGCCACCUCCACCAGACCCACCCAAAGAACCAGAAGAAGCACCAGCUGAUGCUCCUGAAGGUGGAGAAGGACAAAGUGGUGAGCAACCAGAGCCUUUUGUUUUUGGGCGACAAUCCUUUGCCAUUCCGGGGGGCGGUGAAGACAACACUGCCUUCUUCACUGAUGCAAAGGAUGGACCGGCAUUGAAAGACACGAAUCGUGAGAAUCAAGCCGAGCUAGUGCAAGCUGGAACUGAUGGCAUCAUUCCAGUUGCUACUCUGGUGAAAGUUCUGGAUGGCUUCAAGGGAAUAGAGGACGGUGAAAAACAAGUGGCCUUUCUAUUGGCAGGCGACUUGAUGGUGUCUCGUCCCAAAAUUCACAGAAAACUCAUUGCUCGCGUGAUCAUGGGACCAGCCGCAAUGUUUACCUUGCACACAAUCUCGGAUGAUAUCGCGGCGCAUCCUAUGUAUCAUCUCUGGGGAGUGCUGUUAGAGAAGGACAAUGACAUCGACUUGCCGCAGUUUCUUCAGCAAGCUUAUGCAGAUGUGGAUGAUGAACUUUUUGUUGGCAGGGUUGUUCCCGGGCAGCCUUCUACACUCACGUGUUCUUCAGAUUGGACGGAUGAAUCUUUUCUCAGCUUUGGCAAAGAAGUGAAGGUUUCAGUCGUAACCAAGGGCAAGUAUUCGGUGCUACGCGGUGGCUUUCGGUAUUUGCCAGACGACAAGAGAGGUUGCAAAAGGAAAGGCGAGGUUGAGCAGUUUGCUGCUGGAGUUGCUUCGAAAAGGAUCGCUCUUGCAGAAGAUGAAUCGAAAACCGGGAUCGCGAUAGCUCAGCAGAGAACUGGUGCAGGCAAACGCAAAUGUGAAAGUCUAGAAGAGAAGCUGGGAAAGCUAUGCCAAGAGAUCGCAGAGCUUGAGCCACGUGUGGCGUUGCUAGCUCAGUUCACUGCGCAGUUGGCGCGACUGCCAGAAGUGUUCCGCAAUCAGGACAUAAGCGCCUUGGAGCUCGCAGCCAAAGUGGAAGGGACGGUCGAUGAUUACAUCAGGGAUGAGUUCAUUCCACGAUGGGCUACCCAUGCAGAGGAAGAUCAGUUGCAAGGGGAUUCAUCACAUGUUGCUGAGUUUGGCCACAUCCCCAUGCCCUCAGCUGUGUUGGUCAAAGCCGCCUACUUUGUGGAGAAGGAGGUGGCGGACGAGUUGGGUGCGAAGAAAAAAAACACGCGUCCGUCCAGCAGAACUACGUUGACGUUCGGAAGCGCUUGGACAAGGAGAAAUCAGAUCAACCGGGUUCGUCAGGGUGUGAAGAAACCCAAAAAGAUUCGGGGAGAGGAGUCGUCCCUGCCAGAGGUGAAGAAAGCGGCUCAAAGAUUAACAAUCUUUGAGAAACUGCAGAUCGUUGACUACUCAGACAAGUUGAUCGAAUGGGCUCAACAGCUGAACCCAGAGCCCACGAGCAGCAGGAACAAGAAGACAAAGCCAGCCCGAGAAUACAUCCGAGGACUGAAUCUCCAAGCAAAAUGCAAGGAACAUUUUGGUGCCAAGCUUGGUGGCAUCAAGGUUUGUGUCCUUAGGCAACAGUGCACCGACCAGAAAUGGAGGCUUCUCACCGAGAAGCAGCAGAAGAGCUUCUACCAGCUUCCAGAUGCUGUCAAACUGUCUUUGGGACUCGACUCUAUCAAAGGCUACAAGGCACUGGGCCCAAAGGAAUUGCAGAAGCGUUUGGAGGCUUCGAAAGCGCUGCCGCGACUCAACAUUCCAACGCCUGUUCUUGAGGAACUGGAGGCGACAAUGCAGGAGUUCAGUCUGGGUAACAGCGUGGUGUGCCAAAGGCGUGAUGUCGUUCUCUUGCGUGACCACCAUGAACAAGCUAGCCAGAGAAUACAACGCGAAGCAGCCAUCGAACAAGUCCAGCAACACAACUUGAAGGUCCAGGAUGAGAUGACUAAAGCUGGGGUGCAUCAAAAGCACAUCAAGAAGAGUUUGCUGCCAAUUCCUGAGAAGUGUCCAGAAAAUGCUGGGCGUCGCUUUUGCCGACGGUGGCUUACAGCCUUCAACUGGCGCAGAGCUAGCCGCAACACCAGUGGGCAGUAUCUGGAGUGGUCUGAUUGCAGACUUCAAGCUGCCCGCAAGCAAGUGCACGACCACAUCGCCAAUGACAAGGUCCACAAAUAUCUUAUCUUGAAUCUAGAUCAGGUGUGGAGACAGGCGCUACGGUUCAGUAAGCACCAGUACAUGAAGGGCCCUCAGAGAGAGAAACAACAUGGCCAUUUGGUGUCGCGUGCUGAUUUCUUCGGCGGAUCACGCCAAAGUGUCACUGCAGUGACAAGUGUUUGGAGUGAUGGAACCAGAGGACCUCUUGGUCUCUGCAUUCCAGAGUCGUUCUUGAAAGACAGCUACGUUGAAGAACUGAACCAAAAGUACUCUGGCGAGAUGUUCGUGUUCUCCAGCGAGUCGCGUGGGCACUUCAUGGUUGCAGGCACAUUCCUGACGUUGUGCCACGGGCUUCUUAGCAGCGCAUUCGAGAAGCAACGGAAGAAGUACUCCUUGGAUCAUUCCGUGCCUGGCUUGGUUUUAGCAGACGCUUGGAGCGGAUUCCACGCAUUUCGCGAUGGAACCGACACAGCUCGACAAGCCUGGAGCAAAAGCGCGAACGUGCUUCUGCCAGACCUCCAAGCAGGUUACUCCGAGAUGGCGAUCAAGGCCAGCGGACAACCAGAGAGACCGAAACCCUUCAACAAAGGCCUUCCGGAGCGUACGCUCCAAGCAUGGCGCAGCGUGUCAGAGGCUCAGUUAACAGCUCAUUCUUGCACGCUCAACUCCCAUGUCAUGCCGCAAAAAGCUUUCCAAGCCUCCUGGCAGGCAACAGGGUACUUUGAUGAUGCCCACUUCGAAGGUGGCGUGAGAAUGUCCCAUGAGGACGCAUGCAGGACCCUGGAUGAAACAGGCAUGCUACAAGCGUUUCAAUUGCCAUCGGAUCGGGUUGGUGAGGAAAUGCAAGGGAACAGGUGGUAUUGGCCAGUUGAGAUUGAUGGGCGGCUGGCAGCGCUGCCUAGCUUGUUGGCAGUCAUAGUUGAGCGACUUGUAUGUCACCAUCGCCGGCUGCGGAAGGUGUUGUGGGAGAAGCAGCCAGCAGAUUGGGAAAGCAAACUUGCCAAGACGAACAAGAAGAUCCAGACGAUCGUGUAUGACAAGAAGCAUGCCACUAUCGCGAAAUCAUCAUGGGUGAAGAGGGCAACUCAAAUGAUGAAGGGAAAGCUUGAGUUCGUAGAAGGCACUCGCAAAAACAACCAUUUUGAGCUGAUCCGGGUCGAGUUUGAGGUUUCCAAUGAAGCAGAUCCUGCAGGCGAGGGUACGUGUGUGACUGCAGGUGCGCAAAGAAACGGUUUCGACAUCUUGCGAGAAGCCUACGCAGGCGAUGACGAAAGCGAUGCUGACAGUGAGGAUGAAGCUGAGAAGGGUGAAAACGAUGAAGAUGCAGAUGGCGAUGGGAAUGCAGAGGAAGAAGAAGAAGGUCAUGGAGGCAUGGUCAUGCCCGCAGAUGUGCUGGCUGCCAACAUGGCAGAAGGUCUUGGUGAAGAUGGAGAAAGCUCGAGCCACGGCGUCGAGUCUGACGCCAGCAGCGGCUUGGAGGAUGCAGGAUCAGAUUCGGACAAUGAGUCAGAGGACCCGAAGCAGGACGAUGAGUCAGAGAAGCCCGGUGGUGAUUUGGGCAAGGCAGCAGGAGGUGGUGCAUCACAUUUGGCAAAGCCAAAACUUUAUGAUCAGUCACCUGAGUGGACGCAGCUUUGUCUGAUUGAGGCAGAGCGCAAUGUGACACUCGUCAGGCUCCCGGAGCUGGCUGGGUGCGGCAUCAGCCGCCACCCGGCAAAGAGUUUCUGGUCUGCGCUGUGCGCCCGAGCCUUGUUCAAAGAGCGGGGAAACAUCACGGGGGAGUUGGAGGUCAUGGAUACUCUGGCUCGGGCCUACAUCCGAAAGGGUGAGUCCCGAGAAGGCCUGAGGGUGGCAGAAGACUACCUGGCGGCGGCCAAAAAGGCCCGCGACAAGCCAGCGGAG